CUGGGAUAAAGUUUCCAAAAAAAGUUAAGCAAAAAACUUCCUGCGUGAGGAGAAGCGUGCCAACCUCUAGUUUUGAACCAGUUUGACUCGCAGAGAGCGAGACAUCUUCAAAUAGUUCUCCUCAUCUUAAGGAUAUCUACACAUUUUGGUAACCACGGCUUCAAAGGUGGACAACGUUUUCUCCGCUCUAUCCCUGCAUUUCUUCAAGAAAGAAAUGGAAGAGGGCUCCAGUUCUCCAGUCUCCCCUGUGGAUAGUCUGGUGACCAGCGAGGAGGAGCUGGACAGGCAGCAGAAGCGCUUCGUGAGGAAGAGGAGUCACAGUAAAAAGUCCUGCGAUGACAGCAGCGGCAGCAGCCCGGGGACGGUGAAACGGGGGAAGAAACCGAGUCCGAGCAGCACUCAGUCUUACGAGGAGCUGCAGAACCAACGCGUCCUGGCUAACGUCCGGGAGAGGCAACGGACUCAGUCUCUGAACGAGGCCUUCUCGUCUUUGCGUAAAAUUAUCCCCACGCUGCCUUCGGACAAACUGAGUAAGAUACAGACGCUGAAGCUGGCCUCCAGAUACAUUGACUUUCUCUAUCAGGUGCUGCAGAGCGACGAGAUGGACAACAAGAUGUCCAGCUGCAGCUACGUCGCGCACGAAAGACUCAGUUACGCGUUCUCCGUGUGGAGGAUGGAGGGUGCCUGGUCUAUGUCAGCAUCUCACUAGAACCCAGAGAGAUUCACUUAAAAUGCCAAAGCGACUGUUUACUUCUACAAAGUAUGAAGACCAAAGGAAUUAUUGGAGAACCCAUCGACCUCAAAGGCAUGGCGAAGAGACGUAGAUGUGACCCACAGCUACAAACUCUUAGGAAGUAUGUGUGUGGAUGCAGAUUCACUGCAUCUGGCUGUUCGGGGGCUGUCUGUGGCAGAGAGGGGGGGGGGGGGGGGGGGACGACAGACCUGUAAAGUACAAAGGUGAACAGCUCGGCCAUAGCCUAACCUAAAUAGAAGGAGAUAUAUUUUGUUUGAGAAAAUACUUUAAGCCAAAGUAUAAAUAAAUAUAUAUAUAAUGAAUGCAUAUUGUACAGACUUGUGUAAGUGCGCCCAUAGCCUGUAAAGGGACCAAUGCAAUUUACAGAUAUUUGCUGCAUGGAUCUAUUUCACCGACUUUCUUCAGCAAGUCUCCAAACUCCGUCCUAUGUACAUUUUGGUUUUUGUUUAUUUAUUAAAGCACAUAUUUUUGAACGAAAUUUGGUUUUUUUUUUU